GAAAAAAGAAAAAAAAGUAUUCCAUUUAGUAGAGUUAUCGAACAGCUGUACAAUCACUGCAGUUUAAAAAUAACUAUAUAAUUACCCUACUUAGUAUUCCCAUCUCUAUUUUGUUGAAUAUGGAACAAAAAACCGAGUAGUGCAGAUUGAAAGAAAACAGUGCGCAGACUUGCAAUCGAAACAACUUCUUUACAAUUGCAUUCACUACAAGAAUACAACAUUAUGGAACGUUUCUGUUAGUUUAAAUGACACGAUUUGUGAAAAAUGCAUAGUUAUUAAUGGCUCAUGUCAAGAAAGUUCUUCAUUUAUGACUAGGUGGAAAACGGUUAUGUGAGCGUGCUUACAGUAAUACCCGUAAAAGUAUUCUUAGAACAAACGGGUUAAUUAGAAUAAUUGCGUUUCACCCGCGACGGGUAAACGUGUCAAACUAUUACGCGCAAUUCACUGUAAAGCGGUACAAAUAGAAGGGGUAUGUUCUUUAUACAGCCAUACUCAUUACUUGUUGUCUAUUUACACACAAGAAGCAAGCAUAUUCAUUACCUAUUAUUCACUCCAUUGCAAAAAAACUCUCAUUUGCAAACAUAAAAUUAAUUACCUACUACACAUUUAAGAUGUCGAGCAUUGCAGCAAACGAACAGUCUACCGUGUUUACUCAUUUCCCAGACUUCGGGUUGAAAUCCAGUCAUUCGUUUUGUAAAAGUCUCGAAUUCAAAUUUCUUGUUGAACGCCUCAGUCGCGCUUUUGCAUCUCUUCGCAGAGUGUUAAGAGGAGAAAAACCAAAACUGCCGAAAAGAACCGCAUCUGAAUUAACAAGCUACAUGAACAACAAUUUUACACUGGACUUCAUGGUUCAUGAGAAUCGCAUUCGAACAGAAAAUACAGAAACACAAGCAUAUACACACUCAAUUGACAUUCUUGAUGAGCAGAAAGCUCGCCUUCGUAAGGCUAAAAGUGUGAGUUCAACAAAACCAUUCGAAGAAACGUCUGACAACGUCUAUGACGUUAACUUCACUCAAUCGCCUACUUCUUUGGAAAACGGCAUUGCUGAAUUUUCAAACUCGGCAUUUUCUUCUCGCUGUGCAUCGGAAGAGUCGAGCGAAACGUCUUCAAUCGACUCGUUGUUUUUGCCGCAAUUCCCACAAACCAUCAGCUGGGCCGACAUAGACGAGGAAGACGAUGCCGAAGAGGAAAGCCUUUAUGCAUACACUACAGAAAUUUCAGAGAGCUUGUUUGUUCUAGAUAAAAUUAUGAGGUCGAACAGCAACAAACUCUUACCAAGAUUAAUGGAGUCUAGCAAGUUCAAUCUUGUACUAACUUAUUGGGAGAAUAUAAAGCGAAAUGGAAUUCGCUCUUCACAAGGCUCUCUCAAUCUUUUGAAACUAGAAUUCCUACUAAAGGACAUUCUUUGCCUCUUGUCCCAUUCCGAUGGUUUUAGCAUCAACAAUGCCCACCAAGCACUUUUAACCUCUGUUAAGAACAGGAUCGAAACCAUGUCUUUGGAAAACUAAUAUUAAAAACACUAGGCUGGUUUUAUGUAACACAAAAAACUUGCGAAUCCCAUAGCAUAAUGAUUAAUUCAUCACAGAAACCAAUUCGUUAUUCUUCCCUUUGUUGGAAUAUAGGGGUAUCACUUUAUUUGCAAGAGUAUAUAUAUAUGCCACUCAGCGCUCAAUCUCGGUGACAAAUUCGUAAACCUUCUCAUAAGUCUCUUGAAGUCGUUCUAUCAUGAUCAUGUGUCCACACUCAAACUCGUGAUACACGUGUUUCGUAUGCACCAAGUGCGCCUUCACUGCUAAUGCAUUCUCUUUCGGGGUAGCACGGUCUUGAGUGCCAGCAACCAGAAGAACGGGACAAGUUACGACUUUCAGAUAAGUGUGAGAGAUAUCGCCCAUCCCCGCAAGCGACCAUUUCCAUGUAUAUGUAUCGCUAUGCUUAUUCCACAGCCAUUGUUGAAGACGAAGAUGAUGCGGACAACCGAGAGCAACUAAGUUUUCGACAGACGAACUACGUGAACCUCUCAAUCGAUAACCCAAGCGCAUCAAGUUCAAAGCAAAAUGAGGGAGCUUUAACACUUGUUGUAUACGCUUCUUGUUCAUAGCUGUCACGUGUGAUUUCGGACCAAGCAAAACGACACCUUUGCAUCGCUCUUUACACAGGGGAUAGAGUCGUGAGACAACGACACAACCCAUUGAGUGUCCUACAAGAAUCACCGGAGCGUCUGCCGGUAAUACUUUAUCGAUGACUGUAGCGCUCGCCUUCGCCAGGCCUUCUGAACUGUACAUAGAAGGCGGAUGCCGAUUUUUGCUUGAAUGUCCACAACCCAAUUGGUCAAAAGCAAGCGUGGAGUAACCGUCAUCUUCAAGAAGUUUUAUGAGACCCGAAAACUGAUGCUUCUGACCGCCCAAACCAUGAACGAAUACAAAAACCAACUUCUUGUCCGAAUCCGAACGAUGAUAAUGGUAGGCAAAGUAGUCUUUCUCGGAUAUCCACAGUUUGUCGUUCUUCAAUUGUGGAUAAUAUUUUGAAGAUCCUACGGGAAACGUUAAUAGAAGCUUCAUUUUCAUAACAAUCUAUUCAAGUGU